UAUGGAAGAUAGGAUUACAUUAAAUGUCGGAGGUGUUAAGUUCCAGUGUCGAGCAGAUACAUUGAGGAGUUUACCUGGUACGAAACUUUCAACCUUAUCAGCAGAAAAUGACGCCUACGAUGCAGCAGUGGGAGAAUACUAUUUUGAUAGGAAUCCUACGCUAUUCAAUUACAUACUAGACGCUUAUAGAUAUGGUCGUAUACACGUUACGGCUGAAAGCGUUUGUGGAUUAGUGCUAAAAGAGGAACUAGAGUAUUGGGGAAUAGGAGAAGAAUAUAUAGCGGAUUGCUGUUGGGCCGCUUUCGUAGCCAAAGAAAGAGAAAUUAAGAUGAGAAAUGAAGUGAUAAAUUUCUUUGAUAAAAUCGAUAACGAAUCAGCACCAAAGGCUGAUCAAUGCAUAUCGAGAUGGAGAUUAGGUGCUUGGAAUUUCCUAGAAAAUCCUAUGUCAAGUAUGCCGGCAAAAUUAUGGGCCUUUUUCUUUCUAGCGGCCGUAAUUACUUCCGUUACUUUAUUGGUGAUGUUUACUCACAGGUCAUUUAGAAUUAAUCUUGUAGUACCAAAACGGAACGUAACUGGGGAAACAAAUCCAAAAAUGUUACUUCAGUUGACAACAACGCCUUAUCCAAUGCUUGUUAAUAUCGACAUAGCUUGUAUGGUAUUAUUUGGUGUGGAAUUGUUACUCAGAUUUAUUUUGAGUCCCGACAAAAAGAAGUUUGUUCUAUCAUUCUAUAAUAUCAUUGAUUGUCUGUGUGUUCUAUCAACCUUAUGCCUUACUAUCGUUGAAUUUACGAAUCCUUCAUACUUGACAGAUGAUAGGCUUUUCGGUUUUGUCUAUUUUUUAAGUGUACUGGGCGUUAUGAGGACCAUUCGAAUGAUUAAGUUAGCGAGACAUUUUACAGGGAUGAAAAUACUAUUGCUCGCUCUUAAAGCCUCGUUAAGAGAAGUUUUGCUCCUUAUUAUGUUAAUAGUUUUGGGUAUGCUCUUUUUUUCCACUCUUAUCUACUUUGCUGAAUUUUUUCAAGAAUCUCACUUCGUCAAUAUACCCAUUGGUUUCUGGUGGUCAAUUGUAACUAUGACUACUGUUGGAUACGGAGAUAAACACCCAAGUUCAGGUUGGGGAUAUUUAGUAGGCGCCAUUUGCGCUCUCUCCGGUAUGUUAUCAACUGGUUUACCAAUACCUGUUAUAGCUAGUAACUUUAAUUUGUACUAUAAUGUUGCAAGAGCAAUAACAAUUGAUAGAAAAAAGGGUGAAAAAAGGAAAAAAUUAACUAACUGA